CGGGAGGAGUGUCGGAGGCCGGUGGCGUUCGGCCUUACAGUCUGCGCCUCUUCUGCAGCCCGGGAUCAGAGGCUCAGUGUGAUUCUAAGGCUCCCGUCCACCUCCAGAGGAAAACCUAGGAGGCCAAGCAGGCAACCAGGCUUCUACAGAGUAGGUACCAGGAUUUCCAGUGUCUAACUAAACCUGAUGUAAUCAUACUUGGAUCUGAGGGGAAAGAGUUCCUGAAAGCUCUGCCUGCCCUCCAGGUUCCUGUACAUCUUCUGAGGGGACCCCGGGAGAGCAGGUAAUGGCAGCUGAGCUCCUGCCAGCCUGGUCCCAGGUGUUGGUGACUUUCACGGAUGUGACUGUAAAUUUUACCAGUGAGGAAUGGAGUCUUCUAAACCCUGCACAAAGGGGCCUUUACAGAGACGUGAUGCUGGAGAAUUAUGAGAAUGUGGUCUCACUGGGGUUUCCAGUGUGUGAACCUGAUGUAAUCUCCUGUUUGGAGCAAGGGGAAGAGACAUGGAUCUUGGACAUGCAAGAAACUGAGGAGAGAGAGAUCAUGAGAGGGGACUGCUCAGAUUGUGAGACCAGGACUGAGAAUAAGGAAAUGUUGCUAAAGCAGGAAAUUUCUGAAGACGUGGAAUCCCAGAAUAUGAUACUGGAAAGACUCAUGGGGGAUGUCCCUCAUGUCUCUAAAUGUAGAGAAACCUUUGAAUCUGAUGCCAAGUCAAAGGAUGGCUUGCAGUCUUCUGCAGAUAAAUUCGUUUCUCAGAAGAGACAUAUGAGGUCAAUGACAGUGAUGGAUCAAAAUCCACCCGAAGGAGAGAAAGACCAGAAAUGUAAUGAAUUUGGAAGAAACCUCAGUCUGAACUCUAACACUAUUAGAAUUUCCUCAAGAGAGAAACCCCAGCAGUGUGAUGACAUGGACCAGAAGUCCAAACAGAAUUCAGACCUAAUUAUACAUCAGAAAAACCAUACUGAAGGGAAAUCCUAUAAACCUAAAAUAUACAAAAAAUCCUUAAGACAGAGUUCAGCUUAUGUUAAACGUCAGAGAAAGCGCACAGAAAAAGUCUAUAAAUGUAAUGAAUGUGGGAAAGCCUUCAAACAGAGUUCAAGCCUCAUUAGACACCAGAGGAUUCACACAGGAGAAAAACCCUAUGAAUGUAAUGAAUGUGGGAAAACAUUCAUUGCAUCCUCAAACCUUAUUCAGCAUCAGAGGGUUCAUACUGGAGAAAAACCAUAUGAGUGUAAUGAUUGUGGGAAAGCCUUCAGCCAGGGGUCAAGCCUAAUUCGCCAUCAGAGAAUUCACACUGGAGAAAAACCAUAUGAGUGUAGUGAAUGUGGGAAAGCUUUUAAUGUCUCCUCAAAUCUAAUUCAACAUCAGAAAAUUCACACUGGAGAGAAACCUUAUUCAUGUAAGGAAUGUGGAAAAACUUUCAUCCUAAAUUCUUACCUUAUUAAUCAUCAGAGAGUUCACAGUGGAGACAAAUCCUUUGAGUGUAAUGAAUGUGGGAAAGCCUUUAGUGAUCGCACAUCUCUUAUUUACCACCAGAGAAUUCAUACUGGGGAGAAACCCUAUGAGUGUAACAAAUGUGGGAAAGCCUUCAGUCUGAGUUCAGGCCUCAUUAAACAUUUAAGAAUUCAUACUGGAGAAAAACCUUAUGAGUGUUAUGAAUGUGGGAAAAUCUUCAGGGCAUAUUCAAACCUUAUUCAACAUCAGCGAAUUCACACGGGAGAGAAACCUUAUGAAUGUAAAGAAUGUGGAAAGACUUUCAUUCUGAGCUCAUACCUCAUUAGACAUCAGAAAAUUCAUAUUUCAUGAAUGUAAUAAAUGUGGAGAAAAACUAGUACAUGGGCAUCUAGUAUUCAAGAUCAGAGAAUUCAUGCUGGAAACAAAGUACAGGGAUUAAUGAUUGUGGUACAGACUUUGUCCAGCACCCCAGCUUUACUCAAUAUCACAGGAGAGAGAAACCUUCAAGUCAUAAUUUUAGUUGGUCAAAUUCUCUUCUAAAGGUGGUAUUCUUGCCUCUCAAAACACCAUUCAUGUCAUUGAUUUAUGCCUCCACCAAUGGCAAUAUAGUAACAGUCACCUGAACUUAAAAUAAGCAAGGUGAAUGGUUUACCUGACCUUCAAAGAAUAUUCCUCUGCUCAAGCUGCUACUUAUUCCUGCACCUAGGGCAGUAUAUUGCACAUAGUAAGGCAUUUAAUAAAUGUGUUGAAUUUUGCUUAAUCAAAGUUAACCUCCAAAUAUUAACUCAGUUAAAUUAAGCAACUUUAAGCAAAUAUUGCAUUUUAAUUUGGUAAGAAUUUAGAGAAUACUUUAUUAAAAUGUUUUUUAAAGUACAUUAAAAUUUACAUGUUAUUUCUAACACUAUCCUGUCUGUGUCCCCUUCUGUACUUCUUUUUAUUUUCAUAUAUGUAAUUUUUAAAUGUUUCAUUAUCUUUGUUCUAUUUUUUUGUAUCGCCAUCACUUGACCCUCCACUGCCUCCAUAAUUCUCUCCCUCCAAAAAAAGUAAAAACUCUUCCUUGUAACAAAUAGAUGUAGGCAAACGAAACAUCCACACAUUCACCAUGCAUGUCCAGAAAUGUCUUAUUCUGUACCUCUAGUCCAUUGCCUGUCUGCCAAGAGGAAGGAAGUGUAAUUCAUCAUCACUCUUCUAGUUGUGAUUGAUCAUUAUGUUAGUUAGUCAUAGUUCUUUAGUCUUUAAUGGUUGUUUUUCUUUACAAUGUUGUAGUCAUUGUAUUAAUGAUUCUCUUGAUUCUGUUCACUUCACCCAGCGUUUUAGUUCACAAAGGACCUCUCAGGUUUCUCUGACCCUUUCAUUAUUUCUCAUGGCACAAUAGUAUUCCAUUACAUUCAUAACAUAAUUUGUUCAGCCAUCUCCCAAUUGAUUGGCACCCCCUUAGUUUCCAGUUCUUUGUUACUAUAAAAAUCUAUAGAAUUUUCUGUACAGAUGAGUCCAUUUCCUCUUUCUUUGAUCUCCAUUGGGUACAGGCCUAGUAGUGGUAUCACUGGGUCAGAGUUUGACCAGUUUAAUGACUUUCUUUAGUAUAGUUCCAAAUUGCUUUUCAGAAUGACUUGAACCACUUACUAGCCCACCAUGAUACAUUAAUGUGCCUUUCCAACUGCAGACACUCCAACAUUUGUCAUCUUCCUUUUCCAUAUUAUUAGAGGAACUUUUUUAAACAACCAAAUUCUGGGAUAUACAAUUAGGUUUUCAUUUUCCCUUGCCUUGUUUUUGUUUAGUCCUAUCCCUUCUUUGCCCCUUAACUUAGCUUUAAUUAGUGACACUAGGCUCCUUUUAAGCUAUUGAGAGUAGCUUUUUGUAUGCUUGAAUGUUCUAAUUGUGUUGAAAAUACCUUUCUGUUUUAAGGGAUGUGGCUCACUUCUUUGAAAUAGUUUGUUCUGGAGCCUUUGCUGGUAUUGACAGAGAUAUCAUAGCUAUUUUUCUUUAUUGCAGUAACCUCUCCUAGCUUUCCAUUUCUAUUGUUCUCAUUUGACAUCACAGCCCAAGCGGUUUUGUCUCAGCUGCCAGUUAUGACUUCCUUCCAUAGUUUCUCCUUUCAACAACCAGAGGACGGACCAGACAAAAAGGAAGAUUUAAAAAAAAAAUUCUCUCCCUUUCUCCCCAUUAGGAAGAAGAGAGAAAACAAUAUAACAACAUCUUUAUGGUGGGAACGUAAAGACUCAAAUGACCUGUCUCUUUAAACAGUAGAUGGUCUUUCCUAUUCCUUUUUUUUUUUUUUUUAAAGAUUACUGUGCUCCUACUUCCUGCCUUCUAGCUGGGUGUAGUUUAAUUUACAUUCCAGGCAGAUACUGAUGCUUGUGCAGCUAUGUAUUUUAUAUCUUUGUCAUUUGUUCUAUGUAUAUUAAGUAUCUGGCACUUAUUGGUUAAUUCAUGAGAUUGAUGUGGAUUUUUGUGCUAAAAUUGU